AUGGACAAAUAUUUUCUCCAUGGAAACUAAAGUAAACAACUAACGUUAACAGUAGGCUCAGUGUAGGUUUUGGCUGAUGUCACGGCCUUACCAGUAUACAUGUCUUUGUAUGUAGAAGAUAAAAACGCCUGCUAAAUGAAUAUGUGUAAUAAGCGAAGGCAGUUUGUGAGAUGUCUUUUUGUGAACUGAAGCGCUUCUGUUGUUGCUUGGCAACAAGCGUCAUGCGUUUGUGUAAAGUCUCUAGGAGGGUGUAACGUUAACUGAAAAGUUUGAGACUUCAUGAACUGAAGUCUAUGAUUGAAUCGAAUGAUUUCUGUUAUUUAUUCGUUUUUUAAAAACAGCACACUUGAAUGGAUUUGCACGUUUCUAGAUCAUUAACAUGACUGAAGUGAAGUGUUUGAGGGGAGAAUCUGGUGGUUCGGUGCUCGAAUGGUCUUGUAAAGGAGAGGAUGAGGAGUUCAGUAUUUGUGGACGCUGUCAGUCGUGUGUCCUCGCUGAGAAACUGCACCACUCCACCCAAUGGAUGAAAAAGACUGGAGGAGCAUCCCAGAGGAGGUUUCUCACUGGCAUUCUGGUGCGCUGCCACAAUCUUCAAAUCCUGGAGAAUCUUCAGAGUGUUUUACAAGUCACAUCAGGCAAGGAUUUCACAUAUGCCAGGUCCAGAGGCCAGCUCAACCGACCCCAGGACUCCAUGUGUACAAUGUAUGGAGCUCUGGACACAAAACUGAAAGGAAUGGACACGUUGGAAACUUGGGAAUGGUUUAGGAAGAGCCCAGACUGGAUCAAGUCCAAGUAUGUGCUGGGGCUCUUGUCUUUAUGUGACACCUCUCUUUUGCACAUGUUAGGAAAUCUGGUGCAUAUCCUGAUUGUUUGGGAGAAACACAAAUUUCUAAACUUCAACAGUCCCGAUUUUUAUGCAGAUCUCUCAGUUACAGAGUCUCGAGUCUCCUACCAUUCAGAAUCUGACCACACAGAUCUAGAUCUUCUCAUCCAAGCAUGUACUGUAUAUGAGCCAGCUGACCUCCCUCAGGAAGUUCACCAGGACAGUCAAACAGUCUUAAAACAGGAGCUUUCAGAACACUUGAAUGACUCCAAAUCUCUCAAGAGUAUCUGUGAUGUGGUUGAGCUCGACGUUCAGAAUGUUGAUCCCUGGAACAGAAGAACGAAAGGCCAAGAUUCAGAUUCUGACUGUUGGGAUGAUCCAGAUCCUGCCCUCACUGUUGUCCCCAGGUCAUCAAAAUCACUGUCGGGGGUCAGCCGUCAUAGAGAUUUUAUUCGAAGCCUGCCAGUCGACAUUGCAAAGAGGAUUUUAGGGCUUUUGGACAAAGUCUCACUGUACAGCUGCAAGCGUGUGUCCAUGCACUGGCAAUGGCUAACGGAGGAGGUCUUAACCGAAUUGGAAGUAAAGAAGAGUGUUGAGAAACAGGCCAUGAUUCUGCAGGGUAACUCAGCGUCUAAGGUCAACCCUGAUUAUGCAAAGAUCUGUGAAGUUGUAGUGCCAGUCAGUGAGAAGGACAAGCACUUUCAGCAUGGAGAAUCUUUCCCCAAACAUAAGCCAUUACAAGAGCAAGAUUUGGAUUCUAUCUACAAAGGCUUUAAAACCAAGACAGUCCAGUUGGAAGAACGCAACGUGUACUGUGGAGUGUAUAACAUAUCAGUCCUGUUCGAAAGAGAAGAUCCGAGUAGAGUGAUGCAUUAUGCUGGGGGGCAGUUAGUGGCGGUUGGCUCCAAGGACCGUAUAAUCAGGUUGCUGCAUGUCCCAUCACUAAAAGAGAUUCCUCCAGUGAUCCAAGGACAUGCAGGUAGUAUAAGAGCAGUCCUGGUUUGUGAAGAGAGAGACCUAGUUAUCAGCGCCAGCUAUGACCUCAGUAUCAGGUGCUGGAAUCUGAAGACAGGUGAAUGUAGGAUAAUUUUUCAUGGACAUUUCGGCACUAUAAACUGCCUGGAUUUGUAUGAAGAUAGAUUGGUGUCUGGAGCCAAAGACUGUAGAGUUAAAGUGUGGAACCUACUGACGGGGAAAUGUGUUGAGAGUCUGAAGUUUAAACACCUUAAACCUAUCACGUGUGUGAAGAUUAAUGAAACACUGGUGAUCAGCAGCUGUGCUGGAGGUCAGAUCAGAAUAUGGAGCAUGGAGACAGCAUCACUUAUAAGGCAAAUCAGUGGCCACCAGGGGGCAGUGCUGUGUCUGUGCAUCAAUCAGUGGCAUAUCCUCUCUGGGGGUUCAGAUGGGGUGGUCAAGGCAUGGAGCACCAACUCUAGCUUCAAGAAGUGCCUUAGAAUCUUCCAGCAUCCGAAAGAGGUGUUGACCAUGUCUUUCCUGUUCCUGCGGAUCAUUACCGGCUGCAUGGAUGGCAAGAUCCGGAUCUUCAACUUCUUAACUGGACACUGCCUGAGAGUUAUUAAGACAAACAUGAAGCAAUGCCCUGUCCUUUCUCUGUACACGCAUCACAACACUGUGGUUGUAAACAACAGAAGCAGUGUUCUGAUGCUUCAGUUUGCGGAGGUUCACUGGGACUACUCUGCCAGUGCUGUGAGGAAUUUUCUGGAGCCGUCCCACGUCUCCCCUGAAAAUGUGCUUCGGAGUGCUGAACGGUUGACUCGAGGGAGCUCAUCCAGACUAAAAAGUCGGUCCCACCAUUUUAAGAGCCUCUCAGCCCCCAGUUUGCAGCGUGCACAAGGUGCUCAGCAGGAGUCCACAAGGGCGGCGACCAGGAGUCAACUCCAGGCUUGUCGUCACAGCAGGGCCUCCAUCAGCCCGCAGUCUGAGUCCCACGCCAGGCCUCGAUCUGCUCUUUCAGCAGGCAGGUCUGUCAGUGGAUACAAGGACUUUCAAAACAGAGUCAGCCAGACACAAAGCACUUCCACCAGCAGCUUGGAUAAGAAGACUUUUGACAACAAACGCUCAGUACUCAGCCAGAGUGAGAGGGCAGCCCGAGACAGGGUGAGAAAGCGAGGUCCUCACCACCCAAUCACCCAAGACCUAAUUCUACUAAGGACCAGCAGCGCCCAGCAGGGCCAGUGCAGUGACCUGGCAAGGUCCAACAUGGAGCUGAAUGCCAGGGUACGAGAUGCCUGGGGACCUGAUUCCUCCAAAGAGCCAUCGUUUCAAAUCACCACCAAAAAAACCUCUGAAAUCCAGUCCCCAUUCACUACCCAUAGCGUUGACCUCAGCCCUCAGAGCUCCUCCCAGUCCAGACAGACCUGCUUCACACCCCACUCCUUUCCCAAACAAUCCCAGAGGUCAUUCAAAGUAGUUAGGCCUAGAACAAACAAGAUUGUCCUACUGAAUACGACAUCCCCUGAAGAUGGCAACACACCACAGCGAUUGUUUAUGAGGCGCACCUCCAUGCCCACACAUUGCAAUGAAGAUUUGGAAACGACCAACAAGUCCAGUUCAUACCACGUCCCACUAAACCCCUUCAGGGAGCGUGGAGACUUUCAGCUGAGGACGGACACUCAACUGGAGGCUUACAUUCAGCAGAUUCACAAACAUAGCAGUGGUGAUGACCAAGGUAAAACUAUUUGGAAGCGCAAUCAUUGUCAGCAGUAAGGUAUUAAAAUCUAAAGACAUGACACUUUUGUCAUAGCUAACAAGCCAUACUGAUUUCUCAGUUAAAAAUUUUAAACUCUAUAUAGGUAUAAAUAUAUAAAAUAACGUAAUACAAUAUUUAAAAUUUUAUUUUGCAUUUGCUAACUUCAAUUGCAUUUGGUUGAAAAUGUAGUUUAAGAGGUUAACUCGGUUUAGAACAUACAGUAGCAAAUGGUCCAAGCUGGUCAUUAUUAGCUUGACCAUGUGGAACCAGCAACAAACCAUCUACAAGGUUUUAAGCUGUUUUUUGAAACAUGGUGGAUGUUCUACUAAUAACCAGGUAAAAACCAUGUUCCGAAAACAAAGCUAAAUUAAUGGAUGUAGC